AUGAAAACCACUGUUCCCACAGCCGACCUUUCCACGCCCGACCUCCCCACGGCCCGUCCUCCCCACUCCCGUCCUCCCCACUCUCGUCCUCCCCACGGCCAGUCUCCCCACGGCCCACCUCCCCCCGGCCCGACCUCCCCACGGCCCAUCUCCCCACGGCCCACCUCCCCACGGCCCGACCUCCCCACGGCCCAUCUCCCCACGGCCCACCUCCCCACGGCCCAUCUCCCCACGGCCCGACCUCCCUACGGCCUAUCCUCCCCACGGCCCGACCUCCCCACGGCCCGACCUCCCCACGGCCCGACCUCCCCACGGCCCGACCUCCCCACGGCCCGACCUCCCCACGGCCCGACCUCCCCACGGCCCGACCUCCCCACGGCCCACCUCCCCACGGCCCAUCUCCCCACGGCCCAUCCUCCCCACGGCCCAUCUCCCCACGGCCCGACCUCCCCACGGCCCAUCUCCCCACGGCCCACCUCCCCACGGCCCAUCUCCCCACGGCCCGACCUCCCUACGGCCUAUCCUCCCCACGGCCCACCUCCCCACGGCCCGAACUCCCCACCGCCCACCUCCCCACGGCUGACCUCCCCACGGCUGACCCAGGCCAACCUCCCCACAACUGCCUUCAAAGGAUUGAUCCAUGGAGCUGUGGAGAAGGUUCUGAGGAAAGGACAAACACACUACCACAACGCUAACUUUUAA